UCUUUCUUUUGUACUCGCAGAUAAUGAUCACAAAUUAGUAUCUUUGCAGGUGAGGGAGCGAGCUGAAAUUGAGUAUGGGUGUAAAUCGACCUUCGGGUCCCUGUGGGUUGCUACAGGGGAUUCGUGGAGUGCAGCUGGUGGAUCAGUCAACAUAUGGAAGAGAAGAUUCACUUCGUUGUGGGGAGUUGGACUUCUCGACCUGCGAAGGGCCCGAGAUUGUUGGAUCAAGCCGACGAUUGGUAAUUCGAAGAAUAUGGCAGCAGAGACCGUCAUACUUGAGGCCGAUUCACUGUAGCCUUCAUGGUGAUCAGAACAUUGCUGAAACCAUUGCCAAUGUAAUCACUUCAUUGCCUUUCAUUGUUCUCGGACUUCAGGCUCCAAGGCAAAACCUGAAUGCUGCAUUAUAUGCUAAUUCUUUGAUCGGUGUGGGUAUUGCUUCAAGUCUGUACCAUUCUUCAAGAGGACAAGCCAGAAGGUUUCUAAGAUGGGCAGACUAUACAAUGAUAGCUACAACUACAGUUUGUUUGUCUCGAGCAGUCAGAAAUGAAAAUCCAAGACUGCUGAUGGCGGCAUCUACAAUACUCUUGCCAUUUCAGCCUUUCAUGGUUUCAGCUAUGCACACUGGGUUGAUGGAGGUGGCAUUUGCCAGAAGGGCAUUGAUAAAACCAGAGUUGAGGAUGGCACAUAACCUGCACACCUUAUCUUCUCUACUGGGAGGGGCACUUUUUGUAGCUGAUGAUUUCUUCCCUGAAACUCCUUACAUCCAUGCUGCUUGGCACCUUGCUGCAGCAGUUGGUGUGGGGACAUGCAACAAGCUUCUCGAAUGAUAUCCAUGGCAACCCUGCAAGCAAUUCUUUCUCUAUAUGAGCAGGUGACACCAGCAAUUUGUCUUCCGACAUCAAUGCAUGAUACACUUGUGUAUUUGAUAUCGACAUCAAUGACUCUCUUUUUUGGUAUAGAA